AGGCGCUCCUCAGGGAAUAGUCGGUUUUGUCUAGAAUGGAGCAGGGGUACGAAAAACGAUUGUUAGGGUCUCCUUAUAAAUCGGUGUGUGCUUUUUGUUACGUCUUUACGUCCAUAGCCCAUUAAAACAGUUAGCCCCAUGAAGACUCCAACGAAGGAAAAUUACAUGGACCGAUACAUCCCACUGAGAGCAAAUGCACGUUGGAAAACGUCGACAUCUUUCGAGCAAACAAAUAGUAAUCCAACACGUAAACUGUUUCAAAGUAGUCGCGGGAAUACUGAUGGGCUCAGUAACGAUGUUGAUUCUCCGAAUCAGAAUGGCUAUCCAAGUCGCGGUCUUGCGUCUUUUACUGGCGAAAGUAACUGGGGAACAUCUGGUGUCAAUUCGGCCGUGCAGGAGCCUGCACCACCCGCGGAAGCGAGAGGCUGCGACCUUCUCUCUGCUCUUGUAGCCAACGAACUUGAGGAAGCUUCAUUAGGUGGGGCUUAUAGCCCUGUGAAUUCAAGAUGCAGUUUCGGUAAUUCUAGCGUUCUGGCAGCUAGAGAAAACAACAAUAUGUUUUCCUUCAAACUUAGGAGAGAGAGUCCAUGUAAAUUAAAAACAUCUCCCUAUACCAUGUCUCCAGUAUCUGAAAAAAGUCAACAUUUGCUGAAGUUUCCACAAAAACAAGCGCGUAAAAUAUCUCGGGUACCAUAUAAAGUUCUAGAUGCUCCGGAGCUACAAGAUGAUUUUUACCUUAAUCUUGUUGAUUGGUCUUCUCAAAAUGUACUGGCGGUUGGGCUGGGAACAUGUGUUUACUUGUGGAAUGCUUUCACUAGCCAGGUCACUCGGUUGUGUGAUGUUUCUGGAGAAACCGAUGUUAUUUCAUCAGUUGCGUGGUCCAAAAAGGGUAGUCAUUUAGCGAUUGGCACUUACCGUGGUCAUGUUCAAAUAUGGGAUGUGACUAAAAGUUCCUGCAUACGCUCACUAAACGGACAUAUCGCUCGUGUCGGUGCUUUGGCGUGGAAUGCUGAUCUUUUGGCGUCUGGUAGCCGAGACCGUUAUAUUCUGUUACGUGAUACACGUGCUUCAGCUAAUUCUGGUGGUGGACCCACUGGUCAUCUACCUACCACAAAUCCCUCUAAUACUUCUGUAUUAACUUCUGAACUUGCUGAUAGGGAUGAGAUUAUGACUGAUUUCAAUUCCAUUAGUUCACCGAGUCACAUUGAUCAAGUAGAAAGUGAUCCAAACUAUCCGCGGGCUUCAACACCUAUGGUAUCGAUCAAUAGUGACCUUCCGGAAGUUGAUCCUCCAAGUACUCCUGCUCAAAUGGAUAUAGACAUGCUUGGGUUUCGAGAUACGGAUCACGCUUCAUCAUGGUCUGCCGCAAGGACGUCAGCAAAUUCCACUGUCACCCAGACUACUGCUUUACAGUCGAUCGAAAAUGGAGCAGAUCGUCUUGUUCCUGGAGCAGUACGUGUGCUAAAGGAUCAUAGACAAGAGGUUUGUGUGAUAUUUUUCUUUCAGGUAAAAUUUCUGAUUGCUUAUUUAUAUUUUGAAAUUUAAUUGAGAUUUUAUCCCCAUCAUUUUCUGCGUUACAAACCCACGUCAUUAUCAACCAACAUCAAAAUUUACUAUCUUAUUAGUAAGUUUCGUGUCGUAUCAUGAAGUGACUACGAGUCUUAAUUUAUUCACAUUAUAAUCUAAAAACAUUUCAAGUUUUAUCUGGCCAUUCAUUGUUAGCAUAUUCCAUUUUUCAAAAUAAAUUCUUUAGCAUUGAUAUAUAUUGUUGGAAUUCGUAGGUAUGUGGGUUAAAGUGGUCUCCUGACAGUCAGUAUUUAGCAUCAGGAGGUAAUGACAAUCGUCUACUCGUUUGGAGUCAGCAUGCACCAUCUACUGGUGGCCCUGUCUUAACGUACGAAGAGCAUGUGGCCGCUGUCAAAGCAAUUGCAUGGUCGCCUCAUCAACAUGGAUUACUCGCAAGUGGCGGUGGUACAGCUGAUCGUUGUAUUCGAUUUUGGAAUACAUUAACUGGUCAGGCUUUACGUAGCGUGGAUACUGGAAGUCAGGUUUGUAAUAUUGCCUGGUCUAUACAUAGUAACGAAUUGGUCAGUACACAUGGUUACUCACAGAAUCAAAUUCUUGUUUGGAGAUAUCCUAGUCUAACACAGUUAGUCAAGUUGGUUGGGCAUUCAUAUCGUGUGCUGUACCUAGCAAUCAGUCCAGAUGGUGAGAACAUAGUAACUGGUGCAGGAGAUGAAACACUUCGCUUCUGGAAUAUAUUUACUAAAGCCAAAACUCCAAAAAUGCAACCAUCUUCACUGAACUUAUUCAAUGGGAUUAGAUGAUCUAUCUGAAAAAAAGAAGUCUUUCAAAACCUGUGGAUAUUUCUCCGAUGUGUUUCAUUCUACUUAGUAAAUAUAUAUGUAUCAUCACCAAUGUGCGCACAUUAGUUAUAUGCUAUCCAUACAUAUUACUCGACUAUAUUAUUCAUUUCUGUAAAUAUAUGAUUACUUAUUGAUAAAAAUUUCAAAUGUGUUAAUAACUAUAUAUUCCAUCAUUAACAAUUACAUUCUGGUCGUAUGUAUCAACGCCAUAACUCUUAUUUUCUAUAGGUCUUGAACUUCUAACUUUUACUUCAGUCAGUUCAACUGUAUGCAAAAUUAUAUGGUUGCUUCUUACUUUUGUCUUUACUCAUUACAUAUUGAACGAAACAAAAUAGUAAUCAUUAUUAAUUUAUAUUUUCCUCACAAUUGCUUGUCUUUGUGAAAUUGUACUUAUAAUAUAUUUCUUAGUUUUGUAAUUCCUUUAAAUAACACAUUGUGUAAGCCACUGUGUAUCUGUUCAUCCUAGUCAUUUGUGACAGCUUUUUCUUUUCUUUUAAUCUAUUUGUAUUUUUCUUUUGGCUGUCUGUGUCGUAUUUAGUUCAACUUCUUGACACUGUGAUAGUCUUCCUCAUAAUAAUAACAAUAAUAUAUAUGUACAUAUAUAUAAUGUGCAGCGAAAGUAAAACAUCGUCUUAGU